AUGGGACCGCUUUUUCUGAUCGUUGCCUACCUGUCGCUGAGCGGCGCCGAGGUGGACUUGCCGUGGACGCUGGCCGGACCGUGCGAGCCAUUUGUACAGGAACUCGCGAAGGCCCAAUCCCGAUUCGUCGAAUGUGCCACCAACAAUUCCAUUCCGCCGUCGGUCUGCCUCGACUGUAUAGGAGAUUACAUGAAUUUCCGGCAGAUCGAGUAUGACACGCGGCAUAUAAACGUGACGACCUUCGACGGGCAGACGUGCUCCGACCUCAUCUUCAACAACUACGUCGUCAGCUACGGUGCCGAAAUCACGCAGGCGUUGAACGACAAAAUUUGGGAGCAGUCGCGAUGUAGUUCGUGUCUCUGGAUCGACUGGAAGUUCGAGACUCGAGAAUCGCGCUACACGUUCAACAACCAGACGAAGCGCUUCUAUAAUGUUCUCUACUCUUCUUGGCGUGAUUGUGUAGAAAAUGUGACGCAAUCAGAUGAUGCCCAGCUAAUGGAUUCCAACUCCACUGUUUGCACCGCUUGCAAGGCGCAAUUCAACGAGCUGUUCGCCUACUACUGGAAAAUCUACAUCGAGCCGGACACGCAGUUUUGUGUCGACAUUGAAGCUUUGAUGAAUGACACAAUGCACUUGUGGAACGAUGUCCAAGGAUGUAGCGAGCGCAAGGAUAGACAAAAGGAAACGAAUCUUGUGGUUUACACCUCUAUCGCUCUAUUCGUGCUCACCUUCCUGUUCUACAUGGGCAGCUACGCGCAGGGCGAACGAGUGUCAAGAAGACUUGUGCAAUAUUCUCGCCUCGACCCGCCGGAGACAAAUCGUUCACGCCUGCUCUCCUCGGCUUCCAGCGCCAACUUCCAAGUGACCAACAACGCGUCAGUCAGCAUGGGCGCCUCCGGGUCGAAGGAUUACUCCCACAUCCACCACUCCCUUCACCGGAAGGAAUACAACCAAGUCUCGCACGAUGGUAUCGACGCUAACGCUGACCAAAUUGGGCAAUUCCGCGAGCGAUGUGAGGAGAAGGUGGCUGAUUUGAAGGCGGUCCUUGAUGAGUGCACGAACCGGGUCCAGUCGCGCCCAAACACCGAAGAGACGUGCCACCAGGAGAUGUGCGAUUACAUUCAAGCCCUCGACCAUUGCGCCCUCCCCGCAGCCUGGAAGCACCUCAAG